AGUCUUUUGGUUUUUACUAAAACUGGGUAGGCACACAUGGUUUGUUUAAACUUUCAAAAUGUCUGGCAAUUUUUUUAUAUUUCUACUUUUGUUGGUGACCCCAGGAGAAGCGAAGAAGUCAUUUCUCAGUUUUCUGAAUAUACAAAAUACAGAAAUGCUGUCCUUUACAAGGACGGAAGAAAACAUCGUUGUAAGGUCCAGCUAUAAAGACAAACAGCCUCACUCCAGCUACCUGCUCGUGAAGUUAGAGGAUCCUAAAGUGCUGCAGGUGGUGAAUGUGACCAAGACCUCCCUGGCUGUCACAGACUUUACCGUCAACCUGAAGACUUUCCCAGGAGAGACCAAUGUGACCCUGCAGCUCUGGGAGUCUGAAGGUAGGCAAACAACACUCAUCGACGAGCUAAAGAAUGUCAGAGUGAGAGUGUUCAGACAGACGGACGACAGCCUCCUCCAGGCACCAAUCCAUGUCGAUAGCUCCAUCUUCCUGCUUGUCUUAUCGAUGAUCCUUUUAAAUAAAUGUGCCUUUGGCUGCAAGAUUGAAUUCCAGGUGCUUCAAACAGUGUGGAAGAGACCUUUGCCAAUACUUCUUGGGGUGGUUAUACAGUUUUUUCUUAUGCCAUUCUGUGGCUUUCUCUUGUCUCAGAUUUUGGGCUUGCCUAAGGCACAGGCUUUUGGAUUUGUAAUGACCUGCACAUGCCCAGGAGGAGGUGGGGGCUAUCUCUUUGCUCUCCUUCUGGAAGGGGAUGUCACUUUGGCCAUUUUGAUGACUUGCACAUCAACGUCCCUGGCCCUCAUCAUGAUGCCUGUCAACUCAUACUUUUACAGUCGGCUACUGGGCUUAGCAGGUGCAUUUCACGUCCCUGUGUUAAAGAUUGUGUCUACUCUUCUUUUCAUACUUAUGCCAAUGUCGACUGGUGUCAUCAUUAAACACAAGAUGCCUGCGAAAGCAAUCUGUUUAGAGAGAGUAGUGCGGCCUCUGAGCUUGACUUUAAUGUUCGUGGGCAUCUACUUGGCUUUCCGGAUGGGACUAGUGUUUCUGAGAAUGGCUAACCUAGAGGUGUUUCUAUUGGGGCUUCUGGUUCCUGCACUGGGCCUUUUGUUUGGCUAUUCCUUGGCUAAAGUCUACUUGCUGCCUCUUCCUGUUUGCAAGACGGUUGCUCUCGAAACUGGGAUGUUGAAUAGUUUCUUAGCUCUGGCCAUCAUUCAGCUUUCCUUUUCCCAGCCCAAGGCACACGAAGCCUCCGUAGCCCCCUUUACAGUAGCCAUGUGUUCCAGCUGUGAAAUGUUACUGCUCCUUCUGGUCUACAAGGCUAAGAGAAGGCCAUCCCUUAGCACAGAAUAUGAAAAAACUCCUCUAGUUUAAAAUGUACAGCAGAUGCACUAUAGUCACCUUCAAGCUGGUUAAAAGCUUGACAUGGGAGGUGAGGAGAUCAUUUCUUCUAGUACCUGUAUGUGUAUGUCUUAUAUAUGUGUGUGUGACAUACAGGUGCGUAUAACAUGUUACAUGUGUGCACGUGUAUGUGUUUGCAUGUGUAUUAUACAUUACCCUAACCUAGCCUAAUCCAAAUGGUUUAACAUUUUCCUGUCAGUGUUCUUGCCUAUAGUGUUUUGGGCUGAUACAACCAAAUCUGUUCUUUCUUAUGUCACUAAGUCCAGUGUACAAAAAGCAUGAUUUACAAAAGACCUGAUGGUGUGGUGGUGGAUGUCUAUCCUGAUCAGAAAAGCAGUGGCUACCUCCCUGGAGCAUUUGGCUUUUCAACAGAAAUGCCCGUUCAGAGGCUCAAACUAUAAAUGCAUUUGCGUAAUACCAACCUAUGGAGGUGCCACCAUUUGCCCAUCAAAGGCCAGGCAGCUCUCUUUCUAGCUGUGCUUGAUGGCACUGAGAAUGUGUCACGUCAGCUUUCAAAUCUGUAAAACACAGACGUCCACAUAGGUUUAAGAUACAGGUUAACCCGACAUGUGCUUUGUGGGAUAGCUUUAUGCAUCAUUAAAUGUAUUAAAUCAAAUAAGGAUUAAGUUACCCAAAUACCUUGCUCUUAAGAGCAAGAGGGAUGCCAGGCAGUGGGACUGCCAUGAGUUUGAACCUAGCUUAGUCUAGUGAGUGAGUUCCAGGAGAGCCUACCUCGAUUAAUCAAACAGUAAACAAACGCAGAAAGUAUUGAUGGGCCAGGUUUUAAAUUUUGAUUUUAGUUUUAAGUUUGUAGCUCUGAGGAAUGAUAAGUCCACUCCACUAUGCAUAGAAUAACAAUUCUAUGAUGAUAAUAAUAUAUAUUCUAAUGAUCUGGAACCUGUUAACACUACAGAGAAUGUUAGCUUAUUUUGAUCAGUGUUUGCAGCUCCUACCUAUGUUCCAUCAAUCAUGAAACCAUAUUGAAUAACAUGGAGAUAGACUCUACUCCUGAGUAGCUCACCUGGCUUAUGGAGACUCCACCAUUUUAAUCUCAGUCAAUAAUUCUCCAGUGAACUUUGGGACACCACAUAAGUUUUAGCAUUUGCUUAAGUGACUAGAACAGAACCCCUCCCACCCCAGUGUAUGUGUGUGUGUGUGUGUGUGUGUGUGCAGUCAUGUGAGUGUACAUGUUUGUGUGUGCUUAGAGUUUUCUUCUUGUCAUGUAUGGAGGUCUCUAUAGACAUCAGAGCCACCUCCACACACUCAGCAACAGGGUUCUGUAUUGUGUGACACCAGCCUGCAGUCAGUGCUGCUAUAACGGAAUCAGAACAUCAGACUCCUUUGUGCGCUUGGCUUUCAGCAGGCACUUGGCAGGAGAAUGGAUUGUGCUGAGUUACCUGACUGUAGCAAGGAAGAAGCAGCAGAGGCUGCAAUGAGCCCCAUGGAGUCCUGCUCAUCUGAUGGAGGAAGCUAGCGAUCAUUUAAUGUAAAGACAUCUGAUACCUGGUCCCUCAUCUGUCCUGCUUUGCAAUGUCAGGGGAGGCUCUUUCACUCAUACAGCAUGCAUUUGAUAAGAUUUUUAUUUUCAAACAACUGAUAAUAGAGGACCCCAAAACCAAGCUCUUGAAGGUCUUUUGUGGAAGAGCAAAAAACCAUGAGUAUGUGAUAGACACCCACAUCAGUGUCUUAAGGCAGCAGGCUUCAGAAGAGUAGACUCAUUUUGUCUUUGUGGGUUUAUCAAUCCGAUUUGCUGUCCCUGCCACUCAUCUCUGAGACAUGUUACAUGUUGUUGAUAAUUUCUUGUUUUGAUUCCUGAGAACCAAUCACUUCACAAGUAAUUAUGCCAGGGCAUUGUGGUCAUCUUGUGGGUAGGUCAUCUGGAUAGAGUUCCACUUAAAAGUAACAUACUUACCAUGGUACUGUUCCACGUGAGGAAACAUUUUAAGAACCAUAAACUAGCCUUUGUUGGUCAUCCAGAGCAAGUGGUUGAGCCAUGAAGAUUCUCUGCGGAUUUUGGAGUCAGGGUGCUAUGCUCUUGUUGUGUGAGUUUGGGACAAAUCCCCUGACUUCUCCAAGCUUUGUUUUCCUCAUCUGUAUUGUGCAGGGACUCUUCAUGAAACCGUUCUAACACUUAUGUUUAAGCACGUAAGAGCACAAGUGCUGUCUGGUGUGGUGGCAGGUGCCUGUAGCCCGAAAGUGGAGGCAGGAUGCUCAAAGACUUCAGAAGCCAACCUAUGCUACAUAAUGGAACACUGCUAAAAAUCGACGCCUUUGAAAGCGGCUCAAAGACAGGGUGCUUGUAUAGUAUUUACAAAGCCUAUGGUCCUUAGUAUUGAGGGCUGCAGGUGCGGAGAGCAACUGCCUGCCGCCGUCAAGUCCACAACAAACAACCUGUAUCUAAGUGAAUUAUGGAGAAGAGAGUUGGUGCAAAAAAUAAAAAUAAAAAUCUCCUUUAGGCUUACAGGUUUAACAAAUGAGAGUGCCCAAUGACAGUCACAACUCCAAUUUAGCUGUAGCCGAAGAGCAGAAUGGG